CGCCAGAAGGAAAGAAAUGUUGUAUUUUUUAAUAGCAUUGGAAAUAAUAAAUAGGGUGUAUGGUGUAACACCACAAUGUGCAACAGUUGAUGUGAAAACAUUAAUGGAAGGUUGCGAUCGUUUACUAGGAUUAAAUAUUACGAGUAUAGGGGGUACAAUGGUUAACGAUCAUAAUUGCGACGUGCUAUUGCCUAAGCAAGUCUUCUUAGAAGAACCACUCUUUCAAUAUCCUCUCGCUGAUUCGAAAAAGUUUUACACCAUUUUUAUGUUGGAUCCAGACGCUCCACCGAGGAUUGAAGGAGAGUUUUUUUUGCACAUGCUCAAGUCAAAUAUACCUGGUUUAGCACUUAAAGCUAAGGAGACCAGUAAAACCGUGGGUAUCGACUACAGAGGUUACAAGCCUCCAACGCCACCUCGCGACACAGGCGCACACCGCUACGUGAGUUUGCUGUACGAGCAAUCAGACGGAAACAACUUUUUACCCAACGUACCUUCUUCCCGCAACCGGUUCCAUCUAGCAAACUGGCUUCGGGGCAAGAGCCUUUGCGGACCUGUCGCAGCUACACAAUUCCGCGUUCAGUUCUAGAUGGCGUAGACUCGUAUGGGGAGGAAGUCGCGGAGGACCGCAAUAGAUAAGCGCAAAUCCAGCGCCAUUGCUUAAUAUCUUAAGACAAAGCAAAAAUAAAGUCGCGGAGCGUAGGCUGCGCACGCGACACUUCCCUCUCACCUCCGAGCUCCACCCACGCGCAUCUUAAUUUAUAUUAACAAAUUAUUAUCCCAUCUCGCACUAACUACUGGUUAUAAAAUAACCCUUUACCAAUAAAGCAUUUGUACUGAA